AGAUAUGAAGGAAAGAUCAGACGAAUUUUUAAUGCCAUCAGCCUUCUACGGAAUGUGGAAAAAAUAUUUACCCAAUCUUAAAGUCAAAAAGACCAAUUCCUUUUCGAAAUGAACAGUAUGUACAAGUUUGGAACGACAGAUAGAGACCACGCAUGAUCCAGUGAUGAGAGAAAAAUUGCGAGCUGAACGAAGAGAACACAAUAGCAGACAGAUGUUGGAAAGAAAGUACUAUUACACAAAGAAAAAUGCUGCAAAGACAUCCCCAUCACAAUAUCUAAGCUUAAUUAUAGAUGGAAUGGAUCAGUCAAAAACGAAUCUUCCUCAUUUUGUUGGUCGAAUGGCAAAGGCUGUGAAUAAAGUUGACCAACUAACGACACAUGUCACCGGAGUUUUAGCUCAUGGACAAAAUAAAUUUUUCACCUUUCUCGACUUGAACCAAUAUGCGCACGACUCUAAUCUGACCAUGCAUAUCCUUAUGCUAAUUCUUCACCAGAUUUCAAAACUUAUGGGUAACAAGUUACCGCCUAUUUUGUACUUGCAAGCAGAUAAUUCUUGGCGGGAAAAUAAAAAUCGAUAUGUAUUGGGUUUUUGUGAACUCCUUGUUCACCAACGUAUUUUCAAUGAGGUGUAUUUAUCAUUUUUACCAGUAGGACAUACACACGAAGAUGUGGAUGCCGCUUUUAGUCGAAUAGCUGAAACUCUUCGUAGAAAUGAUGCUGAAACAAUGCCUCGUCUAAAGGAGAUGCUUCCGAACGUUAAGGAUAUAGAGGCUAUUUAUGACAUUCGUUCAUGGAUAACAUCAAGCCUUAACGACAUUCGUAAGCAUACUAAACCUUUGCAUUAUAAGUUUAUCCGGGAUUUAGCAACAAAUAAUGUGAAAAUGCAGUAGAAAGCUUUCCAAGACACCGAAUGGAAAACUGAACAUGGCAUUAUUCAACUCAUUUCCGGAAAACCUAAUUUACCAAAGGGAAUACCAAAAGUUAUCAAUCCUCUGUUCGAGAAGAUAGAUAUAAAUAAGAUCAAAUCUAGAAUACCACAGUGGCAAUGUCUUUUCACCGAUCAAAUAGAACAUACAGAGCAAAAGUGGUGGGGAGGAUUUCUUGGACAUCUAGAAAAAAAUAGAGACAGUUUGCCAUACAGAAGGACAAAAGUUCUAUCAAAGGCAAAAUGGAUUCUACCUCUGUUACCCAAACAGCAAUUGAAAAGACAAGGACCAUCCGUUGAUCAAGACAUUCCAGCAGAACUAAGGAGAUUAUUGGAAAAUGAGCGAGAGGAAUGUUUUGUGCAAGUACAGCCAAAACAACAAAAAAGGACACCAAAAGGAAAUAGAAAAGAAUCAGAAGAGAAAACAUGCCAAGGAAAGAAAAGGAAAAAGAAUGUGAAAGAAAUUACCAGAAAAAUUUACUCUUCAUACAUUUAUUUUUGUGAAACUAAAAGUUAUUAUCAAAAACAUAGAUUAUACUUAGCGAUAUAUUUUCUUUUAGAAUCAUUGUUCAUGUAUUUUUUGAUAGACGAAUAUUUGCAUUUAGUGUUGAUAUUUUACCUCAAAAUAUUUCUAAGUCUUUGGGAAAGAAUUGUUACAUCACAUAUUUAUCCUUCUAUUUCAAACCAACUUAUAUAUUAUUUAGACAGUUGUCAGUUGUAAUUACAAGUUUCGAACACAUUUGAAAUAUUUCAUUAAUAAAAGUUGUUUUAUUCUCCUAAAAAUCUUAGUAGUUACUUAUCAAUAACAUGUGAGAGACAUAAAGCUAUUAGAAUGACAUUGACAGUGAAUCGUAGAUGUUUCUUUUUGUCAUAUUUGUUUUGUGU